AUGACGGCGCCAAAGCUCGCUGUUGGCUACAGUGAGCUCUUUGCUGUUUCUUUUGUUUUUAAUCUUACUCGGGAUUGGUUCAAGGUCCUCUCGUGUACCCCGGCGUCGAGCAAUGAGCUCGACAUUCAAAUGGCUCGUUUCACCAAGGAUGACAGCUGUAAGGUAAUGGUAGGAAGUUCGGAUACCGGAUUUGGCUCGUUGCGCGUAAACGAGGCUGAUGGAUGGGAUGGACAAGACCUUGCUGGAAUUUCAAGGAUAUUUGAAGAUAGCGGCAAUACGGUCAUCGUGAGGUUGCAGGUACCAGCCCUUUUCCGUGCACGAGUGUGCUCCUCGACUGUCACACGAAUGUGCAUCAUGAAGUCUGAUGGGAUGCUGAUGGAUGGGGUACAUAUACAUGUUUCAAUUUUGCGCUUGGAUCCUUUCUCAGUGCCUAACUCGCCCUCCAGUCGCUCAAAUGAACCGGAACUACAAGUUAACGAAACGGGUACAGGCCUUUACGUGGGCUGA